GCAGGGCUCUGAUGGAGAUUCAUUGAAUUUUUAUUUAUAAAAAGACGUGAAGAAAAAAGUUCUAACGAAAAACUAAACUAUUAAUAAAACGGAAACUGUUAAUUAAAAAACGCACAUUAGUAGCUGAAAUAAAGUGUAAUAAAAUAAUUAACACAACUCUGAAGAUUUUGCCUACAGAGGAGUUGCAGUGAAACCUCGCAAGAACAAAAAAUUUAAUAGAAAAUGACAAUGAAAAAACAAUUACGUCUGCUAGCUAAACCCUAUUAUUGGGUUAAUAUCUUAAUGGCCCUGUCCUAUUUAAUAGCCAAAAAGACGAUACCUAUUUGUUCAAGGAUAUUCAAGCAUCGCGGCGAAGAUGAAAUGUGUGAUCUGGAUAGUCGAGAAACUGAGAUUUUAUUCUUUCUACUAAUUGUGAUAAUGAUAAGAAGUCGCAAAACGGGUAGUGUUACUAUGAUCAACUAUUUAUCCUCUUCAUUCUUGUAUACCAAAGUAGCAAAUGCCAUCCUGUGGGCUUAUAGCGAUUUCCGUUAUGGUUUGGGCUUUUUGCUAUUGUGUGUGCUAGUGGGUAUGCUACUGCCGGAGCCCACCUACAAGGGACCUGAACAUAUAACUUACUUCCGUACAGCACAAUCGUUUGAAGAUGAGCUGGCCCGUGAUAAACGUAUCAAUUGGUUGAUUUGCUUUUAUACGGUGUGGAAUCCCAGUUGUGUCAAUUUUGCUCCCAUAUUUGCCGAACUAUCGGCAGAAUACAAUUUGGAUAAUUUGAAAUUUGGUAAAAUUGAUAUUGGACGUUUUCCCGAAAUGGCUCAAAAGUAUCGCAUAUCCGAUAGCAGUUUCUCACGUCAGUUACCCACUGUUAUAUUGUUCCAGAAUGGCAAAGAGUCAGAACGUCGUCCCAUGGCUGAUGCUAAGGGUAAAUUACAGAAAUUUUUCUUUUCAUCGGACAAUGUUAGAGCCGCUUUUGGUUUGAACAACUUGUACAAACAAUGUGUAGAGAAUCCUAUACCUGCAAAGGGCGCUGUAAAACAAAAUGCUGCUGCUAUUAAAAAGUCUCAAUAAAAUAAUUUUUUGGAGGAAAAUACAUCAUAUAACUUGAAUAUCGUCA